AGGACUUCAUGUUCAAGUUCGGUUUCCUUCCCUCGGAAAGAAAUGGCCAUCCGCGUGCGAGAUGCGGUUUCGCGAGCAGCGGGUUCGCCGCGCUGCUGGUGGCGUGCCUGCUGAGCGCAAGCGGGGUGGACUUGGUCAAGGCGGAGUUUGACUGGGUUUCGCAGCUGCUGCCCAACUACGAGGCGCAGACUCAGUCGAUCAUGCGGCAGGUGGCGAGAUUGAAUCAGACGUAUUAUUCCAAAUUCACCCGGAUAUUCGCCAGCUACUUCAAGUCCGGGGAUCUGGUGAUCGAUGAGGAUGCAACCAUCCUCAUCCCCAGCAACGACGGCUUUUCGAGGUCCCCAAAAGCAAGAUUUUUUGACAACCUCACCCGCAACCAGAAGCUCCGAAUACUCCGUUACCACAUUCUCAAGGGCCGUUACACCGGGCUGGAGCUCAUCAGCACCGCUCCUAACACGCUCUUCCUGACUUUCCAUCAGAACCUACCACUCAACAAGACUUCUCAGCCCAAGGCGUACGUGUAUUUUGAACCGGUUCCGGGGAGGGUUAUCUCGAGCACUGGGUAUGUCUUUUGUACAUUGGUGUACGCGGAAAAUGCGGGGCGGACGAGAAACAUAGCUGCACAUGGAGUGUCAAUGGGCAUCGAGCCACCCAACUACUGA